CAGUGCUGAGGCCGGAGAAUACAGCAUCUGAGCCAUACGUAAUCAGAGGUGAUUCUGGACUGGAAAACGACUCACUAACAGCCGGUCGUGAAAUAGGGAAUGUCUGCACUACGGAACAUAGCAACUGCAGUGGCCUCUGCUCGUGAUGAGUAUGCUGCCCUGGAAUACAAGAAGGGAGCACACAAUACAGGGGAGGGUGACCGGUACGAGGAACGCGUGCUGGCACUGGUGUUCCUCCGCUGCCUGAGGCGUGGAGUGAUCUUCCAGUUGUCUGCCAACAACGGCGAAGCAGGAAAGUUCGACGAUGUGGUACUGGUGUGGCGACCUGAGGGACAUUCUGAGGCACACACCAUUCUCGUCCAGCUCAAGCACAAGACCUCCCCCAAUUACAUGACUAUCGACAAUGAGCAAUGGCUGUCUGAGGCCCCCAACCGCGACUUCGGUCUCGGCAAGUACUGCACUUCCUACGAGGAAAUUAGCAAGUCACUGGGGAGGGACAGAGUAGUAUUCGUCUUGUUGACGAACGCCUCUCUGGCAGCCAGUAGUCCCAACAUAUUUGAGAGUCAGGAAGUGGACGGUGUCCUAGGGUCGGAGCUGCUACGGGCUGGUGGCGGCCUGUACAGUCUCAAUCGAGACAACCAAGGGGUGCUGAAGGCAGUGCGUGGCAACGACAGGUUUGUGGAGAAUUUCUACCUUUUGUGCCAGCAGAGCAACUCUGAUGAGAUUGUGGUCGACAUUUACAAGGAGUUGGAAGAGCUGCUGGGUGCCGGUGGCCUGUGCGAAUCCAUCUGUGACAGUUUGUGCAAGAGCCUCCGGCACUGGAUGAACAAGGAGAAUGUGUGUUUGACGAGUAGCUGGAGCAAAUGGCAGGUACUUGUAGACGAUUACAUCAAGAAGAAUGUGACCCAGUGCAGAGCAGUGACCACAAGACUCAAGUACUGCAACGUGGCAGCUGUUCGAGGCUAUGUGGAGUCCUGCAGCACGGCGUGGGUGAAACCUCCAGAAAGAGGAACGGCAGCUCUCACUGCUACGAAGAUACACCAAGCGCUGGCUCAUGAAACACAUAUCAUGGUGGCCGUAGACCAGUUCAGAGAGCUGAAAUACCAGAUUCUCCGCUGUUGGGGGCGAUUUUGCCCAUGGCUGGUGAUUGUAGACGAUGAUAGAGAAUGUAAUUCUGACAUUUUGUCUGAGCUGCCGACACAGAUGCCAACAGAAUGCCGUCUCGUGAUUGUGUCAUCAAGGGGAAGUGACUGCUUUCAUGACACAUGCCGAUCAUCCGACGUCAGUGACGAAAGCUGGAACAAGUGCCUGGACGUCAAAGUCAUGCUGAAUGGGCAAUCUUUCGAAUGCUGCCGUCUGCGAGACCUAGUGGCAGAUGCGGAUGCCAUCAAGUCACUGCUGGACAAUAAGCCGGGUCUCUUGCUAGGCCUGGCACGACUGACGCAGCCUCUGAGGCUGGGUCGAGAUCUGGAAACGCUGCCCGUGUACUACGUGCCCAGGGAGCUGGUGGACAAGCAGCUCUUGACGGGCGAGUUCUUCUCGACUUUGGACAGCAGUCGAGAGUACGACGGCGAGUGGGAGAAAGUCCAGCCCGAAACCGCUGCCCACAAUACAAUAAUUGUGGUGGGGAGACCCGGAGUAGGGAAGUCGAAGGUGCUGUCGCAUGUGGCGAAGAAAAUAAAAGAAAGGUUCUCCGGCUGCUGGCUACUGAGAGUUAACCUGUUGGAGUUCUACACAGUUUUGGAUGACAACGACAGAGCCGCGAGUGCUGCGAAAGACAUACUGCGGCGGACGGUCUUCAACGAGGGUGUGCUCGGCGAACUGGAGUACGCUCUGCUUCGACACAGCCUGGUGCACUCCCCGAGAGUCGUCUGCCUGGUGGACGGCUUCGACGAGGUGUGCCCAGAUUACAUGAAGAAGUGUCUCGAGGUGUUGCCGCUGCUGGCGCCACGUAAGGGCAAGUUCCUCGUGACUACAAGGCCGGAACCGGUGAGGCUCUUGGAGACCUGGACUGGUGUCUCGGCCCAAUCGCUGCUGCCUUUCGGUGACUCGGAGCUAGAGGACUUCUUCAGACGCCACCCUUCGAGGGAAAAGAUCCGGCGCAUCAGCGGUCUCAACAAGAGCUUGAGGGACCUCCUGAGAAUCCCUCUCUUUGCUGAAAUGUUUGCAAAUCUGUCACAGGAAAUAGAGGAGACGUACGACAUCGUGACUCUGUACGAAGCCUUCUUCCGACACAAGUUCAGGCGGCUUUACAAAGAGAAGUGGGGCGACAACUUUUCGGCUCCCGGGAAGAGGAGAGAGAUCGAGGAGGCGCAGCAGAGGCACCAGGAACAGUUGAUGGUCCUCGCGGCUUCGGUUCUGCUCCGCGGAAGGGAAGUACCGGCGAAGCCGUCGUUCGACAGGGAGUACCUCGUGAAGGCCGGAAUCGUGUACGAGUUCGCCGACGGGAAACCCGCGUUCCUGCACAGGACUUUCGCCGAACACUUUCUCGCCAAGUGGUGUUUCCUCCGGCAGGGGAAACGGAGUCGUGCGACGGUGUACCGCAAAGCGUACGUGAACGAGAGGCUGGAGUUCUUCCUGGAGUCCUUCGACCGCAUGGCGGCGAGGGGCUGCCCGUUGCUGGAGGCGACGCUGGACGGCGACGCGGGCAGGGUGAGGGCGCUUCUGGACGAGGGUGUCGACCCGAAGCAGGUUGACGCGUUUGGGCGCAACGUGCUGCACCUGGCGGCAGCCAACCGCGCGUUGGGCUACGAUCGGCGGUGCCCCCUGUCCCUCCUGCGGCGACAGUGCUCUGACGACGCGUGGAAGGGCAUGCUGUCUGCAGAAGACGGCCUGCUGGGCUGGACGCCGAUGAAGUACGCAGUGGAGGGCAGACGCUGGCUCGUCGUGUACGAGCUGCUGGAGACGGGUGGUGACCUCAGCCAGCUGGGGGACUUCCUGACCAGACUGCCUGAGCCGGCACAGCUGCAGGCCCUGCUGGAGCAGAGUGGCUACCUGGCUCUGUACCGGCACGUCAUCGAGGCGAAACAUCCCUUAAAAACGGGCACCUACAUCUGCAUGAUGGAAGACGAAGUCGAGUUCGCUCUAUCCUUGAUCUUCGCAAAAGUGCCACGAGAGUGCCUCAAAGUCAUCGCCGAUGAGGCUUCGGAGAGAGGUCACAUGGUGGUGUGGGGCUUGCUUUCACGUGUGUGCCGCUGAAGAGAUGUAGAUGAAACCUCGAAAAAAACAACAAAACUGGAAGGCAAAGAUAAUAGUCCAGACCGUUUAAGAAAACCUUCUGACGGGUGCGUAGCCAAGGAGAGGCGUUUGUGCAGAGAGAAGGAGCAGCAUCCGGAGACCCUGUUGCACCACAGAUGAUCCAGAUUGGGGUACCUCAGCCUGAGACGGUGCCGCCAGCACAUCGAUGGGAAUACACAACCAGCCCGUGCCGCGUGUAUCAGAGUGCUCCCGCGUGCUUCUGUGAUGCGGCAGGCGCUGCUUUUUCUGUUACUAUUGGUUAAUAGUCUUGAGCUGACUGCAAUUUAAUUAAAGAGAAUGCUUUAUAUAUAGCAUCUUCCAUGAUUGUACUGCAAACUGUAUACAUACGUUUGUACAUCUUUUAUUAUUUUAUUUUAAG